AUGGGUGUCUUUAGACUAGACGAGCUUUGCUGGACAUUGAAUCAGUGAUGCCGUACCGCUAGGUCCUCAGAUACAACUGCCGCUUUAAUCAAAUACCCUACGACGGCAUCGAUAUUACAGCAUCCUAAAAGGAGGACAUCGUUGAAGAAACCUCUAGAAAGCAUGAAGCCAGCGUAUCCUACACGACGGCCGUCACCGUGUUCUUUAUUUCUCGGUGGCGCACUUCUCGUAGCACUUGUAAUUAUAAUUUUAUUAUUAUUGCGGAACCCUUCUUAUGUCUAUGCACAAUUGACUCCAUUCUCGACUACGGAUAGUAGAAUAUCAGUCGAUGAAAAGUCUUUACGACCGUUGCCGUCGGUGAUUAGUCUAGGACAACGAGUAGAAGCUGAUAUACUACCGCAGCACAUGACAAAUACCCUUGGCCGCCUCUCAUCCAUUCAUGGAGCCGGUGGGUAUCAGCUACGAUUCAUUCGCGCCAACGAGUCUCACUGUACAAUCGAAACACCAUCUGGUCAACGAACGGUGUUGGUGACCAGCAUCUACGACGGUGUCAUCGAAAGCGUACAGACAGGAAUAGGAGAACCGAUUCGUCUGAAUUAUUUGCCUGGAGGUCUACUGAUUUCUCAAUCACAAGGUGGUGCAGUUACCGUAUACGAGUACAAUGACAAAGGGCGUGUGACAGCGAUGCGAAAUGACGGGAAGGAGUUCCGUAUUGUCGACGAAAAGGUAAAGACCGAUAACCUAGACGUUUCAACCAACUUCGCAUUAUUCCCUAUUUAUGUGGCAACAGGACAGUACACGCUAAAGGAGCUCUGGAGCCUGGUUACGGUGCUUGGAGGUUGGGUAACGACGAAUGUGCUCCGAAAUGGCGAUCCCUACGCCACCUUCACAUCCAGGACAUCUGAAGUGGCUUUUGAUGACUCGUCCUCAUCGCGAGUCAUUUACAUGGACGAUGGAUUUUCUGUAUUACAUGGUGGUAUGACGUCGCUCUUGGAUGCAAAUACACAUCCAGUACACGGUGAAAGUAGUGUGCUGAAGAUAAAAACGACCAUUGAUACGUUACAGGAAAAUCCAUCGCGUCGUUCGCUCACGUCACGGUUUGACUGGCGCCCGUUUGUGAAACGUGGUGGAGCAGAACGCCGAGUUGCUGAGGUUGGAGCGCGUCCAAGGGUCAACGGCGUAAACGUAUUUACCGUAACAUUCGAUCGAGUUACGAAGAGUGACGUCAUAAGUGCAAAAUCAGAAGAUGAAACCCUUCACUUAAUGUAUAUGGAUAGUGGAGAAUUGCGGCAGAUUGUUCAAGAAGCACCGGUCGAUACUGAUGCGGUGACGUACGAUCGACAGAACCGUGUUGUAGAACGAACGACUAGCGAUUUUGUAUCGACAAAAUUUGCCUACCACAAAGAACUUCGCUAUCCGUCCAUGAUCGAAUUGCCUGGUGGUUCUAGAAUUCCCUUCACGAAAAAGCCUUUUGUUGCGGCAGAAGACUUCGACGGACGACUGCUAGAGUGGACUACCGCAGACGAACUCCAUCAUGUUCUUCUACAGCGCGACAAAUACGAUCGAGUAGUGAAAGAGAUGUGUGACUCGGACGUUACCAUAUUCACCUACAAGGCUAAUGAACUCGCAACAGUGAACUCAGCUCAUCUGGAAGUGAAUCUGACGUACCAGGGUCCGUUGCUAGUGACAUUGAGUGAACGAAGGCAGGCAAGGAAUGGAUGGCUUGAUUCGUCUUUUGCCGUGGAACAUGACGAACUUUUGCGACCGACUUCUAUUCAGGCUGUUAUCUCUGGCACAGCUGUGGAACCAUUGCUGCUUACAUACGAUGAACGAACUGCCUUCAUGUCCGCAUAUGCUGGUUAUCAAAUCUUGAGGGAGUCGACGAUGAUUAGAAUCCAGGGAUUCAAGAUGAUGCACGAAACAUCGCUUGACAUCUACAGACAGCCUGUUUCUCUGAAGAUUGUCAUCGGUGAUGUGCGAAUAUCGCUGAUGAUAAUACGAGACUCUGUCGGACGAUCAAUUGCGAACGCUUGGCGUACGAUCACUGGUGACUUCAAAGAAACUCGCAGUUUCGAUGCGCAAGGGCGGCUAGCAGGCCAUGAGAUGAAUGGGAAAGAGAGAUGGCUAUUCAAGUACAAUAAUGACAGUCGAUUGAUGUUGAUGAAUGACGUUACAUAUGAGUGGCAUGCUGGAGGUGUUCCGAAGAAAGUCGGCCGCGUAGAGUAUGUCGUCGAUGGUAAUGGAUGGACCAUAAAGAGGGGCGAUGUAUCGUUUGAAAUGGAUGGUUAUGGAAGGCUUGUUGGAGCACGUGGUCCAUCAACAGAUAUGAAGUUCGAUUAUGAUUACCAGAAUCGGCUCAUAUCGAUCACCAAUGGAGCGACGCUCUACUCUCUAUUCUACACCUUGCCGCACUUACCUCGUCGUGUGUCACACUUCCAAUCGUCUUCGGAUUCGUCGCCGACGUCAAUCCUCUACACGGAAGAAGGGAUACCGUUUGCAAUGAACUGCGAUGGAUACAGAUAUGCCAUCGCUGUUGAUAACGAUGGUAGUCUAAGGUAUAUUCUGAGCGAAUCCGGAAUUGAAAAGGAGAUCCAUCGCGAUCCACUCGGUAGAGUGAUUUCAGACACCAAGACGGCAUUCUGGACUCCAUUGGGUUUUCGAGGUGGUGUGGAGAUUCCUCAGUUAUCUGUGGUAAUAAUGCCAAGUGCACGACCGUAUGACACCUUGAUCGGCCGCUAUAUGUCAUUUGGUCCGGACUUUAUAGGGCGAGUUCGGUUUAAAGACAUUGCUCCAUCUGUGGACCCAUUCGCGCUAGGAGCAUUAGAGACGGCUCCAUUGAUCCCGACAGAUUUAGCAACGUGGUUCCGACUAGCUGGUCUAUCGCCUUCACUUCUGCCACCUGCUGACCUUCACCUAAACUGCAGGCAGCAUGUUUGUGCUCGCUCUAUCGCCUCAUUCCCUUCACGUCUACGCACCUUUUCCCAAGUGUCUAGUCUGGCAUCGUCGGACCUGCUCGAUGCCACGUUCACUGCAAUGUAUCCCUUAGAAGAUGUCUCCUUCACGGUAGAAGAUUCAGGAUUUCAUGAACUACUAGUGCUCACGCAAAAUGGCCAAAGGACCAACGUUCAAUCUCUUCCUGCCCUUACCGCCAAUGAAUCUGCUCUCAUCAAAUCAGUCAUUGAACCAGCUCACGAGACCGGUUGGCGCGUAUUCGGCACAUCUUGGGAACGACAUCUUGUUCGUCCGGAUGCCAUAUCAGAUUCCCUGACGUCAGCCUCGUUUCCUCAUUUCACGCUCGUUGUCUUCCGUAAUACUGCCGAAUUCCGAAACGGAAAAACGAAAAUCUUCGUGCAUUUUGCGUCUGAUGCGAAAACCGUCAACAAAGAGCUAGUGGAAGAUUUUCGACGAAAAGAAGGACCGGCCGUUUGGAGGGCGGAGCGUAGAAGGAUGGAACGGGGAGAAAGCAAGCAGCAGUGGACGGAAAGAGAGAAACGGGAACUUCUGUCAAAGGGUGCCGUUGCGGGUUAUACGAUCGAAAUGGACGAAUCUUUACGAGCUCGAUUCUCAUCGGUUCACAUUUGGCGAUUUGUUAAAUCGGAUUGA